CCAAUGACGGGGCGGCUGGUCACGUGACCCGGUUGGCGCCUCUCUCCUGCUCUGCCAAGUUCUCUGGUUCGAGACUGCUUCAUUUCAAGGAACAGAGAAGACGUAGUAGUUUCACUAGCAACACGCACGGAAUUUUCGUCACUGAUUCAUUACGACGGCUUUGGUAGAGAAGAACAGGAGCUGUGAAAUUGCGACGAUAUUGCACAACAUCGGUGUACGAUAGUGCGGCCAAGACGCGGACAAUACACGCCGGAAACAUAGAUCUUGACAAGUUCCAGCGCUGCGACGGUGCAGAAGGGCUCUAUGUGCUCCACGUCGACUUGGGCGAAUGGUACUUUAGUUUCCGAGAGUCUCGCACUGUGGUAUCGCGGCAGGUGCACACCGGCAGCUUGUAAUCCAGGCCAAGGACAGCGGCAACAUGCGCAACGAGGUUACAGCGGCGGUACUGUUCUUAGUACAGCUGAUCGAAAAAAGCGAAAAAUUUAGUCCCGCUCAAUUGGAGUGUUUCAAGCGGCGGCUGGUCGAGCUGUUGAUGGAACGUUUCAAGAACCACUGGUUCCCGGACAAGCCGUUCAAGGGCCAAGGUUACCGCUGCAUCCGCGUCAACGGCCAUAAUCGCAGGGACGCGACCCUGGAGAGCGCCGCGAACGCCGCCGGUGUAAAAUACGAGGACCUGUCGCUGCCGGUGGAAUUGACGCUCUGGGUCGACCCUAAGGAGGUCGCCUGUCGAUUCGGCGAGAGCAAGGGAUCGUACUGCACUCUGGCGUUGUUCGACGACAAGGAGAACACUGUACCCUUAUUCGAUAGCGAGAACGCGGAGAAAGAAAACAAGCUGAUUGAGGGGCCCACCAAGAUACAGAAAUCCCCUCUAAACGCUGGCGCAGAACAACAGGCGAAAACAAAGCCGCUGAGUUCCGCUAAUCAAAAUCAACAGCAUAGCAAUAACGGUACAGCGAGGAGGCGUAAUCUGAACAGCCCUCGGCUGCACCUGAACAGAAACCGUUCGUGGUUCGGUCACUCCUUCAGCAUGGGUUACGGUCCUCAUCCGAUAAACCAGCCGUGGUACAAUAUAAUGCCCCCUCAGUUUCUAGCCGGACCUUCCCCGCCACCCUUCAUCGGGCACCGGGGGAACAAGUGGAUACACCCACCCUCAUAUCCCGCAGGACCUGCCCGUUUCCACCACUGGUCUCCCAAAGCCGCUCUUAAAGUAUAAAAGAAAAAACUCGCUUUUAAGGAAACCCGUUAAGAAACCCGUUUUGUUUUUGUUUCAAAGUUCGCGAAACAAAAGUAACAAGUAGACUCGUAUCUUGUAAAGUACGUAAUAUUAUAUUGUUUCAGCUUCGAGAACCGUCAUAAGUAUUACGAUUGACAAAGAGGAGAGAGAGAGAGAGAGAGAGAGAGAGAAAAAGAAAGAAAGAAAGAAAGAAAGAAAGAAAGAAAGAUAGAUAGUGAGAGGAAUUUUUUUAAUUGACGUAUUCGCAUUUAUAUGAAAAGAGAUACGUACGCGAAAUGCGUAUAAAUCGGACGAUCAAAUGGGAUCUUUUCUUUUUUUUCUUUCACACAUUGUAAACAGGUUUGUUAACGCGUUUCAGUGACGAAAAUUCAUCCAUCCUGUAAUUACAAAUGACCUUGUUCGAAGUAAACGGCUAAGGCUUACGGAUUUUUUAUCGACGAGAAAGACACGAUCGCAUUAUCACAAUGUUGCACAUACGUAAAUGAUAAAAUUGGAGUAAUAGAUGUUCAACUUCCGGAUGCAAGGUUGCUUGUAAAAACUGGUGGUAGAUAGCUGAUAUAGUAGCGCGAAGGUAGUGCGUUUAAGUAGUACAUUAGCAUGAAUCGCGUUAAGGCGUGCGCGAAGUGGAAAUUAGAUGUCAUAUCACACGAUGGUUAUUUCUUCGGUCAAUUGUCGAGAUAGCACUUAUGAAAUAGGCAUUAUUCGAACGAGAUACGAUGGAUGUAUCCGAGGGACGGUGUAAGAGGGGGAGGAGGGAACUGCUUGUCUUCUCUGUAGAAUCGUAAUUACGAAGGAUAAAUUGUGUGGUACUAUAAUUAUUCGAACUGAAAAGUAGCCCUCUUUCGUUCCGAUAUGACGAAAUAUAUAUUCAACGUGGUAGAUUUUAUCUCGGCCUCCCCCCCCUCCCCCCUGAGUAUAUGUUGCGUUGUGAAAAAGUGGAGAAAGGGAUCUCGUCUCUCCUGCUCUGUAUCCUUGGUUUGGUCGCGUCGCUUCUCCGUCAUGCGCGUAUGUAUAAGUGUAUUUCUAAGCAAUUGUAAAUAUAUUUAUACGUAUAUAUGCGCGUACGUAGAAGCGCGCACUCGCGUUGUACUCACUUGCACACGCAUAUUUAUAUGCCUGUACAAACUGCAGUGCACGCGAAACACAGUGUAAAAGGAUACAACGGAGGAACGCGACGCCCUGUGUGUGCGUGUAGUAGGGGAUGACGUUUGAAACAGUUACCUUUUUCGUUCACCGUGUACAUAUAUAUAACAAGUAAUUGUUUAGUGGACGGACGUGAUUUCACAUGUGUAAUAAUCCUAGUAUGUGUUCCGCUUGAUAAAUCUAUCCUCACGAGAUACAUGUAUAAUUAUAAAUGUCGUCUAACAAAGUGUAUGAGAACACACAGUCCUGCCUCUCCUUCGUCCGCGCGUCGGCGGACGGCGGGGGGGGGGGGGGGGA